AUGUCAAUGGAAUCUCUCCUCAAUUUUGGAGAAUUCCAAGCUCAACCCCAACGCUUCAAGACAAUCACAAAGUACGAUGCGGGUGCUGAGCCGAAAACUCCACAUGCUUGGUGGGAUCUAGACAAAGACGCCAUCCACGCAAUCCUCAAGGACAUAUCAGAAAGAGUUGCUUCGUGUACCAAGGGCAAGACGGGACUCGACAGAGAACUUGAGCACGUCGCAAAAACCGCAGCAAUGCUAGAGCAGGUCGAACGAGGGCCUGCCAUCAAGGUCGCUCUCAUUGGAGCCCAAGGAGCCGGCAAGAGCCUUCUGAUCAACGCUUUAUUCGAUUGUACCGGCUUGUCACUGACAGGUGCGAGAGGAUUUGCUUGUACCAGCGCUAUCGUCAAAUAUGCAUACGGUCCGGGCGACAAGUUCUCUGCCGAGGUCAAGUUUCUCAAUGCGGAGAAGCGUGAAGCCAUGGUAGAUGAACAUAUCCGCUCUUAUAUGGACUAUCAUAACGACCUGGACGACUCAGAAGACGAAGAUGGCCCCCGGACCCGAUCAUUCAAACAAGAUGAACUCGACCGAAAACGCAAGAAGACGGCAGAAGACUUCUUCGAUACCAUCUUUGGAUCCAGGGAAGAAUUUCUCAAUGCUUGGAGUUCAAGUCCCGUCAACACUCCGGAAUUCAAGAGUUUGUGCCAGCUGAAAUGCAAAGAGGCUAUGCUGGAUCAAGAUAUGGAUUCCAAGGGAGUUUCGAUCUUCAGCAAGAACACCCCGAAGGAACUCCUGGACGUCAUCAAGCCGUUUCUUUCCAAUGUCGAGGGCCAGGUUUGUCUUUGGCCUAUUGUUGAUUGCGUCACCAUCCGAUUCAAUCACCCUCUCCUUCAACAGGGUUUAGAGUUUAUCGAUCUGCCAGGGUCUGGUGAUACGAACAUGUCACGAGCUCGACACGCCGAUGAGAUCAAAGACAGCGUCGAUGUUGAGAUCAUUCUGGGUGAUACAGUGCGCAUCGGUACGGACGAAAUGGUCAUAAGUAACGCUAGAGCUGGCGUGCUUAAUCAUGGUGCAUCGAAUGUGAAGGUUGUGGCCACCAAGAUUGACGCACUCUCUGAAGACCAACUCGCUCAGUGUUCGGGUUUCGUAUACGACGAAAUCAAUACCCGUAUGCAGCAAGCUGAUGAAGACGGUACCAACGCCGAAGAGGAAGAUGACGAUACCAAAGUACUCCAGAUCAACCGCUUCAAGCUGUAUCUCCAGCGUUACAAGAAGGCGUACAUGAUAAAAGAGCGUGCAGAGUCCAUCUCCAGAAUCCUCGGCUCAACACUCCAAGAGGUAUCGUACAAUGAGACGGUGGAAAUCUUCCAUACGUCCACAGCGAACUACAUGAGCUGGAUCAAGACCGGAAAAAUCUCAUACGAGCAUCAACCAGCGCUCUCUGCCGAGAAUACCGGAGUACCGGGACUCCGCAGGUUCAUGUACAAUCUACCGGCUCCUCGGAACCUGCGCGACUAUACGUACCACAUCAACACUGUCGUUCCCGCCUUCAUCGAAAAAUCGAAACGCGUCGUCACUCAGUCGGAUCGGGAUGCCGGGUUCAAGACAAUCGCUGAUGAAUUCGACGAGCUGCGCGGCAGGUUCUUAGGCGCCUUGGCCAAAGCGUUGCACAAGCAUUGUCGCGAAUACUCAACGGUUAGCGUGGCGAGAAUCGAGAAGGACAGCAACGCUUACAAGGAAGGUCUGAGGAAACGUAUUCAGAAGAAUUGGCUGGAGCUGAAAGCUUCUGCAUUCAACCGGAUCAUAAAGAGCAGAGGCCACGUUCCCCAAGGAACAUCGAGAGCCAAGGGCCUGGAGAACACAGUCAACUGGAACAUGGAGCUUGCUACCUUACUGAAGCCCGGUUUUCAGAGGUGGUAUGCACUUCAUGCGGGACAUCUGAGGCAACUGAGGGCUGCACUACCACUAAACAUGGACAAACUGUUCCACCAGGCGAUAGCCCUGAUGAACAGCUCAGCCGCAAACCUUAUCACAGUCGAGAAAGCCAAACUCAAAUUCAAUCCGAUGCAACACCGGAUGAAGAGUAAAGUCCUCGCUAUGGUAGACGAAAUGAUCGCCGAGGAGAAGCGUCUACUGCAUCGGGCCACUCUGGAAGAUGAACGGGAAAACAACCUGAUCUCGACAAUCACCGAUGAAAUUUACGAUGACAUUUUCGCCGCAACUCCCGAACUCAAAUCGAUCGUCAAAGGAAAGAAACGCUACCAUAUGGGGGUGUUGAAGUUCAAGAAGAUACAGCUUGAGAAUCGCUUCCUUGCAGCUGAGAACCAUUUCGUCGACAGGGCCAUCGAACUAUUCCGGAAACAACUCAACGAGAAGAUGGGCCGUUUGAUCGACAAACACAUCGAGCUCUUGAACGCCAUGUUCGAUAACUAUAGCAAAAACCUUCGCGAUCAUGCCCCAGUCGACUACACGAUCAACCCUUUGGGCGAGCAAGUCCGAGAGCAGCUGGAGAAGCACCUCCCGUACAUUGAGAGCCAGGCUGAGGCUUUGCUCAGUCAUAUCCCCGUUGGAUUCAAAAAUGAAGACGAAGCCGCCGCCAGUGUAGAGUACCUCGAUGACUCUGGUGAUAGUAUCCAGGACCUCGGAUACUUCAUCGAGCAGGUAUCCAAGCCUAAGCGCAAAGCUACUGAUAGCUCAAAGGCUAUGGUGAAGAGGAUCAAGAAUGAGCACGACUGA